GUAAUUUCACUUUCGGGAAUACCGAUGAUCGACAAAGGAGUGACAAUCUUUUUGAUUCUCAAUGGCAGACGGUCUGCCUUCAGGAUUACUGGAAGCAUGUGUCGUUGUUGGACUUUCAAAUGAUAAACUGAAGGAGCUGUCCCAGUCUUUGCUGCAGGAGGAUGGAAGUCAUCCACCUCGGCUCGAUCCUGAGGUCAUACAGGUCUGUGCUCCUCCGUUUGUGCCCAAAGAUAGCGUCAUUGAACCGGCCAUGGGAAAUUUCAGCCAUACUCCGCUACGGCGCUCCGUCAUUAAGAAGAAAACGGAUAGGCCCGUUAUUAACACUGGAAACCCCAAGGAUGAAAUCCCAGAGGAUGUCUGUGUUCCCAAAGAUCUGGAUCUGGUGGCUCUGCCUCAUCUUUGCUUUCCAGGAGGGCUUCAGGUAACUCGGGAGCAAAAGGUGGAAAAGUUUCACUUCCUAGUCUUCACUGAUGUGUUUGGAAACCAGUCUCAUGGAGUAGUUCUCCAGUACUAUAAACCAAUACAGGAAGGGAUACUUCAUCAGAAUGGACACCGGUCCUCAUCCAAGUCUCCACGACUCUACACUGCUUAUGCGAUAUGUGUUAUAUCAAAACACCCAUAUUACAAUACUCUCAAGGACUGUCUGUCCAGCCUCUUAGAGCAGCUCAAAAUCUGUCAAAUGACUGAUAUGGAAGAGCAAGUGAGGGAGUUCUCUGCUAAACUGGCUCUGAUCCCAGUUCCACCUCCUGGUCAGCUGCAUGUGAUGUUCACCUUGCUACCUCUGACCAUUGUCCUUCCAUCCAAAAAAGAUCAAAAUCAUCCUGUCAUUGACCUGGACCUGCAUCUUCCGUUCCUCUGCUUCAAGUCCAGAGAGCUGCUGCAGAUCAUAGCCAGUAUACUCACAGAGCAGAGUAUGGUGUUCUUUUCCUCCGACUGGUCCAAACUGACCCUGAUCGCUGAGUGUUUCAUGCUGUAUAUUCGGCCCUUGCGCUGGCAGCACCCACUGGUGCCCAUACUGUCCCAACAGAUGCUUGACUUUGUUAUGGCUCCGACUGCCUUCCUCAUGGGAUGCCACAUCAGCCACUAUGAGGAAGUUGCUAUGGAAGCUGAUGACCUUAUUCUGAUCAAUAUUGAUGAGGGAACUGUGUCCUCCUCUCGCUGUGAUUGCGUUGACGUCCCAGACACCCCAAAGGCAGCUGCUCAAAGUUUCAAGAGUCGAAGGAAAGGUCUUCAAUUACACUAUGACCUAGAAGUGGUUCAUCAGAGCACCUGUGGAAAUCUUAAUGAGUUUCGGAUGCAGAGAAGACGUUGGCAAGACGGACUCAAUUUGGAAAUACAAAACAUCACCCUGGAGCUCAUUGUUAACAUGUUUAGAGAUGUCAGUGAUUACCUAAGUUACGAACACAGAGUUUUUAACACGGAUGAGUUUCUCAAGACCAGGGAGCCAGAAGACCAACCAUUUUAUAAAAAAGUCUUGGAAACACACAUUUUCCACUCCUUCUUGAAAGAACGUUUGAAUGGAAAGAUGGAUACAUUUACCCGAAUGAAGGGUAGUAUUAGGAAAGAGGACCAAAAUAGAUGGAAAAGACCCUCAAAGGAAAAGGAUCUGACUAAACUUCUAAGCACAAGUCUAGCUAACCUGGACAUUGAGAAAAAGAUGAGUGUCCUCAGACAGAUAUCUCCAACUAAAAUCAUUCCUGAAAUGCCUCUGAAUACUCCAGUCAGACCAGUCAAGAUCUUCCAGCUCCCAGAUUUCCCUCCUCUCUUUACCUACCCCAACGUGCGCCAUUACUUCGGAGAUCUUAUUCACCAGUUGAACAAAGCCAUAUCAGCUACCCCACCUGAUGAUUCGUCCCUGCUAGCCAGAUACUUUUACCUCCGCGGCCUCAUCAACAUGCUGAACUCUAAGCGCUUGGAUGCCCUCAGUGACUUUCAGAACCUUUACAAAACAGAUAUUGAGAUUUUUCCAGGAGAGCUGGUAAAGAUGCUGGUUGACUCUCUGCAAGUAGAGGAGAGAGUCCAGGCACAGAGGAGACCUGAGCUCAAACGGCUCAUCUCUAAGGUAAAGAACGAUGAAAAGAGCGAGCAUAUGGAAUCAGACUAUCACGUGAAGAAGUUCAAGUUGCCCAAGGCCAACAUGGAGCUGGAGGAGUUUGUUAAAUGUACUCAGGAAUCGGGUAUUGUGUGGGACGUGGCCACCGCACAGAGAUUAUUUGAAGCUCUCACUGUUGGUGGGCAGAAGCAGAUUGAUCCAGAGAUGUUCAGAGUGUUUUACACCAUCUGGCAAGAGACUGAGGCAGUAUCACAGGAGGUUCUCUUGCCUGCUGAGGUACUGGAACAACUGGAAAACAAUGAGUGUGUGUACAAGCUGUCCAGCUCUGUGAAGACCAGUUAUGGUGUUGGCAAAAUUGCCAUGACCCAGAGGAGGCUCUUUCUGUUGACCACAAGCACACCUGGAUAUGUUGAGGUCACCAAGUUUAGGGAUAUUGAGGAGGUGAAGAACUCCACUGUUCCGUUCCUGCUUUUAAGGAUCCCAUCUCUAAAGAUCAAGAACAGCCUGAGGAAAGAUAUAUUCGAGGCUAAUUUAAAAUCUGAGAGUGAACUGUGGAACUUGAUGAUCAAGGAGAUGUGGGCUGGCAGAAUGAUGGCAGACAACCAUAAGUACCCCCAGUAUAUACAGCAGGCACUGACCAACGUCCUGCUUAUGGAUGCAGUGGUGCGCUGUUUACAGACACAGAAGGCCGUUUAUGCUGCCUCCAAACUGGCCUAUUUUGAAAAGCUACGACAAGAAGUCCCCAUGAUCAUUCCCAGACCCACCGCAGAGACUCUGAAACACAAGAUCAAUCCAUCCCAGAACAUGAUGAAGCCUCAGUCUGUCAAUGUCUUGCUAUACACUCCAGGCCAGUCAAGUUUCUGCGCCAGUGGUGUGGACAGAAACCCUAAGCUCUGGUGUGCUCUCAGCUGUGGGAAAGUGGUUGUGUUCGAUGCUGUGAGUUGGUCCCUGAUGCAAAACUGCAUUAAUUUAGGAGAUUCUCGACUGAACUGCAUGAUGGGAUUGGACCAGGAGCAGGUGUGGAUUGGUUCUCAGGACUCUGUCAUUUACAUAAUCAAUGCUCAAAGUAUGCUGUGUCAUAAACAGCUGACGGAGCACCAUGGAGAGGUCACAGACUUCGCCCUGGAGAAACUGAGCCCUGAGAACAGAUUAAGCCAAGCGCAGGUGUAUUCCUGUAGUGUAGAUGGCACUGUGAUUGUUUGGGACGUCCCCUCUCUGAAGGUGAAGAAGCAGUUUCAUCUGUCCUGUGACAGACUGCAGUCCAUUCAAGUUUACAAUGACGCCUUAUGGUGUGGUGCCAGAGAUUGUGUCAUGAAGCUGAGACCGAAUGGAGCUUUGCUUCGUAAGAUUUCCCUCCCAGACAAUAUGAAGACCACUGCCAGUGCCUUCAGCAGAGUCGCACUGCUUAUGGAGAGACGACAGAUCUGGACAAGUUUUACAGACUCAGCAGAGCUUAUUAUAUGGGACUCCACUGACCCCAUCAAACCACCCAAACGGGUCACACUCCCCAAUUGCAGUGAGGUCACCUGUAUGAUCAGAGUAAAGAAGCAGGUCUGGGUUGGUUGUAGUGGUGGGUCAGGCCUCAGCAAGGUUGUGGGGAAGAUCUUUGUGUUGGACUCUGAGAGCCUGGAAGUUGAGAAGGAGCUUGAGGCCCAUGAAGACAUUGUUCAAACGCUGUUCUCAGCAGAGGACCGAUACAUACUCAGCGGCUCUGCAAAACGUGAUGGUAAAAUCGCUAUCUGGAGAGUAGAUUAAACAAGCUGAAAAGGUCUUAGCUUCACUUACAGAGGUGCAUCAGGUUUUGUGACAUGUAAUAGUUCCUCAGCUGUCUGCACAUAGGGGAAGAAUAUUUCUGUGGACCCUGCUUUUAAUUUUCUUAAAUUUGAUUCUUGGAAGAUAAAGCAGAAGAAAGGGAGAUUUAUUUUUAUUUAUUUUAUUUAUUUAUACAAAAACUGUACACUGAUUACAAAAAUAUUCUAUUCAAAAUUCACAUAGACUUUUUAUUAUUUCAUAUGUUCUUCACAUUCUCUCUAACUAUAUCUGUUCAGUUGUGAAUGAAUUACACACACUGUUGCCCUUUGAAAGUGUCAUGUAACCCUGUCAGCAUGUGGUGAGUAGAGCAGCUACUGGUUUUAAUUGGAGUUAGACAGUCACUAUAAGGGAGUCAACCAACUACAAUGCUAUUUGUACAAAUAGUCCUACAUCUAUUUCUCAUCUUGCAGAUAUAAUUCAGCAU